CUGCAGAGUGCUACUUAGGCAAUGCGCUUUGGACUGCCUGCUACAGAAGGAUUGCAGGCUGGUGGACCUCUGAGGGCAUUCUUUGGGGUCGUUGCUGCAAAUGAGAACGUGUUCUCAGUCAACUUACCUGGUAAAAUAACGGAGAAGAACUGACAGACAACAUUCUAACGGCUGUUUCCAUGGCGACCCCUAGAUUGCGUUGCUUAGUGUGUUGAUGCUCACGCUGCUGAGGACUGUGGGAUUGAGAGCGUUCUCCAUGGCGUCCGAGACCUACAUGUCGGGCACACACUCCGCUGCCUUUGUCACCUGCCCCAACGAACAGGUGGCCAAAGAUCUGGCCAGAGGGAUCGUUGAGAAGAAGCUGGCUGCUUGUGUCAAUAUCGUCCCCAAAAUCACAUCUGUAUAUGAAUGGCAGGGGAAGAUCCAGGAGGAUAGUGAAGUUUUGCUGAUGAUAAAGACCAGAAGCUCUAAGGUUGCUUCUCUGGCAGAAUAUGUUAGGUCCAAUCACCCGUAUGAAGUAGCAGAGGUCAUCAGCCUACCCAUAGAGCAGGGCAACCCACCUUACCUCAAGUGGCUCGGUGACGUUGUACCAGAAUGAUGGAUGGAGAGGGGAAGGGAUAGGUGGAUGGACAGAGGGAGGCUGCGAGAAAUGUUUUUGGAAUAAUAAAAUCUGCAGAAAUGUGACUAAAAUGUACUUUUACUGUUUCAGUGUUGUCCUGGCUUUGACCAAUAGAGGGAUGCAGUGAUCGAAGACUCUACUGCAGAGAUUCAAUCUACAGUCAGGUCCAAAAUUAUUGGCACUCUUGAUAAAGAUGAGAAAAAAAGGUUGUAUAAAUACUAGUACUGAGCGUUAUUGAUCAAUUAUUUUUGAAAAUUAUAUUUUAAGCUAAUAAAAAAAGAUGGGAGUCGAAAUUAUUAUUUUCAAAACCACACCUUGUGAGGAUAACAGCACAGAGCCUUUUUGUAAAAAAAAAAAAUGCGAGAUUGGAGAACACGUUGGUUACACCGUUCCUCCAUACAGAGGCUUUAAAGAUCCUUGGUAUCAUAUGUCUGCUCUUAUGGACCACUGUUAUGGGGUUAUUUUCAGUUUACGUGUCUUUUUUUCUUAGCAAAACCCACCACUGGUGUGUGUGACCAAAGAGCUCUAUUUUUAUGUCAUCCAACAAAUGUAAACGCCAUUGGCACAUGGAUUGGAUCUGAUGCUUUAUCCCUGUAAGGUGAGGUAUUGAAAACAGGGGCGCUAAUCAUUUUAAUCCCCUAUCUUUUUGCAAGAAAAAUAUUACUUCUCAAUCUCUCUUUCUCUGAGCAAUUGUAUUAGUAUAACAUAACAAAAUAACGGAGCAUAUAAUACAGCUCAGUAUUUUAAUUAUUUAAUUUAUACAUUUUUGCUCAUCUUUAUCAAGGGUGCCAGUAAUUUUAGACCUGACUGUAUUUCCCUACGUUACUGCCUCAGGCUUGUCAUAGAUCAGGGGUGUCAAACUCAAUUUCCCAGCGGGCCGCAUUCGGUCUUCACCCCAAUUUGUCCGGAUCCGUCUCGUGGACCUUAAGUUUGACACGUCAUACAUUAUCUGAUUGCUUCUCCACAAUCAAUACUGAUGUUAAUUUAAAGCACUGACAAACUGUUCCCUUAACACUCAUCAAUAUUGUUGGAAAGUGACAGAAGGGUUGUCCCUCUGUGAUCAGAAUAUCUGAUUGCUCUGAUUAACGGAUCUCUUCCAUACUGUAGUGUCGAACGUCAACUGAGACCAAUGGUAUACCAGUGACUUGGAAUAAAUACAAAAAUCACA